UGUAGUGAUACAUCGCGGUCAGUGAUGGAGAGUAGAUGAAGAGGAGGUUUCCUGACGUGUGUUCAGCGGUCCCGCCUUACUCCAGCCAUCUGCACUCUCCGGAACGAGGCCUAGACGCUACACCUCCACAAUGGCCAGUCGCAGCAAGAUAUGGGGGCAGGUUGUCGCCAUCGGAAUACUUUGCUGCAGUUUCAAAGAGUCCGCAUGCAAUGCAGACCAUCCCGAAUCAGCCAAGGUUGGUAGGGAAGUGUUCAGACAAACAAAAAGUCAGCACGACCUCUUUGCAAACGCCAUGAGCCAGUCGUCGUUCACCAACCAAGGAACAACCAAGAAACGAAUCGUCGUAAGAGCCGAAACUAAAUCCGUGACGUUCCGGGAAUCAAAUUCACCCAAGACCUGGGCUGCCAUGAUGGAAGGCGGAAGUAAUGCACGACUCAGAAGGUCAGCAGUAGCAGUUGCUCUGGCCAGAAGGAGGUUAGAGGAAGAUCUCAAGGCGAAGGAAGCUGCUAAACGGGCCCGAAAUUCUAAGAGACAUAGAGGAGCCGCGGUAAUGCUGGCUGCUGCUAGAAGACGGGUCCCUAUAGGCAAUCGCAGGUAUCAGGCUAGGUGGGAACGGAAACGACGGCUCGAACACGAACGGAGGGUCUCAAGGAAAGAAGAAGAAGGGAUUAACAGACUGCAAGGAGGAACCAGGACGUCUUCAGCACAAGGUGCAGAGGGAGGAGAUGAAGAUGCCGAGAGUUUGAUAUAUAAUGAGAGAGACAGACAACCCAAAGACCAGAGCAGACAUCAACCAGAAAAGAAAGAUCCUCAAUUUGAUAGGAGCAGAGUUAACCGACUCGGUGAAGACGGACAGAAACUAACAGACAAUGAAGCUAAUGCCACUAAUACCCGUCAGGGCGUACAUCAGAAUGGUCAUCGUCAGGUAGAAGGCAAUGGACCGUCGGAAGAGAUGAGACUGGAGGAGAACAGGAGACUGGAGUUAGAAGAGGAAAAACAACGACAUUUAGAAGAAGAAAGGCAACGUCAGGUAGAUGAACAAAGAAGGCGACAGUUAGAGGAAGAAACUAGACGAAACUCAGAUGAAGAAAGGAGAAGACAAUUAGAUGAAGAAAGGAGAAGACAAUUAGAUGAAGAAAGGAGAAGAAAAUUAGAUGAAGAAAGGAGAAGAAAAUUAGAUGAAGAAAGGAGAAGAACAUUAGAUGAAGAAAGGAGGCGUCACCUAGAAAAAGUCGGCACAGGACAAGUUGAAGGCGACAAAAGACGCAGAGAAGAAGAGAGCAGACGACAGUUGGAAGAAAAGAGAAGAAGACAGUUGGAAAAACAGAGAGGACAGAAUGAGGAAGUUACGAGGAUACUUCGGCUCGAAGAAGAGGCACAACGUCAAAAGCUGAUGAAGGAAAAGGAAGAAUACUAUGAAAAGCGAAGAUCUGAAGAGAACAUUAAGGGUACACACGACAGAGAAAUGCCAUUCGGAGGGAAACAUGAACAGUCUGAGAAUGAUACACGCCUCGAACGGAAUAGUGUUUCAACCACCAGUCCAACAUCCACUACUGCAAGAUCAGCAAGUCAGCAACGCUCUGAAUAUGAAAAGUUGAUUAGGAGCCGUUGCACAGACUGUAAAGUUGGAAACCAGACUUUCCGUGGACAUUCUAGAUUUUCCUAUGAGGAGGACUGUCACAAGUACCAGUGUAUCUGUCACUGUGAUGGCUCCUAUGACUGCCCAGCUCAGAACAAAGUGAGGGUCUGUGAACAAGGUAUAGAGAAAAAGAGAGAAAGACCUGCAUGCAGCAGUUGUACUGUUGAAGGAGAAAUCGUCCAAGGGAAUAGCAUGUUUGAACUACAAGAUGGGUGCACCUUGUUCAGAGAAUGCAAAUGCUUCUGUAAUGGCACCUCAGCUUGUUCACCAAACCAAACAGAGAACACUUGUGUCCCAAACAGUCAAACAGGAUCAGAGGCAUCUCGGUUCGAUUCGGAACCAAAUCGUGACUGUAAGAAGUGUCUUAUUGAAGGCAUAGAACACCCCUCAGAAUCUAGGUUCCAGUACACUAGGGACUGCAUCACUACUGACUGCAGUUGUAGCUGUAACGGGACCAUAGAGUGUGAUCAAUCAAGUGCAGUGAACAGAUGCGUGUCAGCACAGCCAACUCCACAGCCGCAGCUAGAAAUACAGGUGAACAAGCAGAGGGUGGAGCUGCAGGACUGCCAAAAGUGCGUAGUGGCAGGAAGACUGAUUGAUGGGAACUCACAGUUCAACGCCAAGGUGGGAUGUUACAUUGACACUUGUUUCUGCUUAUGCAACGGAAGGUACUCAUGCAUUCGGAACUGGGCACGCAAUAUCUGCAACGACGACACAGGGUUUGAUGAUGGAUCAAUUGAUGAUCUGAGGCCCUGUCGAGGAUGUUUUUUACAGGGAGUGCACUACCCAGGAAAUGCAACGUUCAAGUUCACCACUGGGUGUACAGCUCUCAACUGUGCGUGUACCUGUAGUGGAACUGUCGAGUGUUACGAGGAAAGUGCUGUCAACAUAUGUGGUACUCGUCCACCAUCCGUAAAGCCUCUGUUCGAGGUAAUUGCCACUGAUAAUGUGAGGACACCAGGACCCCAGGAGUGCAAGAAAUGUAUGAUUAAUGGAACACAAUAUGAUGGAAAUUCUCAGUUUGACUUACAGAAUGGAUGUUACACCAACAGAUGCAUAUGCUUAUGCAAUGGUAAGCACACCUGUAGGAGAUACCAGGCGCAGCAUGGCUGUAAUGAGACGGAAUCCCCAUCAAAGAAAGACUUAGUGUCCUGUCAAAAGUGCCUUGUUCAGGGAAGGCAGUAUCCAGGAAACUCGACAUUCCAGACAACAAGCGGCUGUAUUGUCAAGGAAUGCAGAUGUACAUGUAGUGGAUCCGUGGAAUGUGAUGACAGAACCGCUGUUAAUAUAUGCCAGACAACAUCUGUUCAACCGAAGCCAACCACACAACCGACUCCUAAGGAAGACCUUUGUAAGAAGUGUAUGGUGGAUGGAAUGGAUUAUGCGGGUGAAUCUAAAUUCAAGGUGAAAAGAGGCUGCAAAGUGUACCCAUGUCACUGCCGGUGUGAUGGUAGAUGGGGAUGUCAAACAGAUGCUGCUGUGGAUAUCUGUAAGAAACCUUCCAGUGAGCCAACAGUGAGUCGGGAAACAUGCCAGAGGUGUGUUGUUCAGGGUAGGAAAUAUCCUGGAAACUCGGAGUUCAAACUGCGGAAAGGCUGCAUUUCUUUCAGAUGCACCUGUGCAUGUGAUGGGAGCUGGGAAUGUCCUCCCGAACAAGCCAGGAACUACUGCCCCGGCUCAACGCAGUCUACAGAGACCACGACAGCUGCAACUCUGUCCCCGACAGAACCUAUGUCAUAGGAACAUUCGGUGACAAAAUAAUCCUUUCUUGAGGUCUAGCUAUGAAUGAUAAUUACUCCGCCUGUGCUAGACAAAUACGAAUGUGUAUGUAGCUCGGAUAUUGUUUAUAACCAUUUACUUCUGAAGAAGGAUGCUAUGGGGAUAUCAAAGAUACUGUUUGCAAUUCUUUCUCUUGAAUAAAUAUUUUAUAACCUGA